GGAAAUGUUAGUUAUUUCUGAUGCUACAUACAUAAAUAUACUAAUAUAAUAAACAUGAACCACUGGAUUAUCUACCAACAAAGCAUUUGUUCACAACUGCUAAUACAAUUUAUGUCUACCUACACUAGAUGAAGUGGGAUAUUCUAGUUAAGCAUCUUUAUGUAGCUGAUGUGUUAUCUGUAUUUUUUUAUCAGGGGAAUAUUUAAGCAAACCUGAUCAAUGUGAACCGUGUUCCUCAACCUGCUCAAAGAGCACUGGACCUGAGAGUAAAGACUUCAUCAGCUGUGCUUCCACCAGGCUCUUUGAUAACGGGCAAUGUGUGAUCAGCUGUGACCCUGGGAAAUACAAGUGGGAGAGACGGUGUCAUCUUUGCCACCACACAUGCCUCGAAUGUACAGACGAGGGGCCUGACAAAUGUACUCGCUGUAGCAAAGGUUCGGAGUGGAGCGGUACCUCUUUGAAGGGGAGUGUCGUGAAACCUGUCCAGAGGGCUAUUCCCAUUCCUCGAAGGGAACAUGUGAUCCCUGCCCUCCAAAUUGCACUGUGUGUACUUCUACAGGCCACUGUCUCCACUGCACCCCCUCCUACUUCCCUAAAGACGGGAUGUGUGCCAAACUGGAGUGUGGACUGGGUGAAGCAGCUGACUCUGAUCAUGAAGACUGUGUAACCUGUGAGGAGGGCUGUCAACAAUGCCUCACUGUUACUUUGUGGACGCCUCCAGCGGAGCAUAUCAAGAGUGUGACCACACGUGUGAGGAAUGCUCAGGAAGCAGCCGUUUCUGUCUCAGCUGUAGAGAUGGAUACUUCCUGUUGAGAAAGUCUGGACAGUGUCUGCGUACAUGCCCAUCAAACUACUUCCCUCACACCUUAGACAGAGAUUGCCAAAGAUGCCACCCCACCUGUAAAACAUGCAAGGGCUCUGGUGAGAUCUCCUGUACAUCAUGUUAUGACCGUUUCAAAGUGUUUGGAGGAAUCUGCUCAUCUACGUGUCUAAUGGGGGAAUAUCCCAUCCGUGUGAAUAACACAUGUGCCCCAUGUGACCCGUCCUGUAAUGAAUGUAAAGGUCCGGAACCCUACAGCUGCACCUCGUGCCCUAUUCUACUGCGCCUCACAGAGGAUGGGAGGUGUCUUCCUCGCUGUGGAGAAAACACACGCACGCAUUCCUCAAGAUUUCCCUCGGAAUGCUGCCAGUGCCACACACUGAAUGAUGAAUGCAUUGUCGCACAGAGCUACAACGUCUUCAACAACGAUCCAGUGGCUUGGGUUUAUCCUGGCCUUUUUGUUUUCACUGUCAUAUUUGUGCAGGUGAGCUUGUGGCUUGCCAUUUUUCUCUUCCUGCAUUUUCGCCAGAAGAUCACCUUAAAGCUCACCGUCAAACCGAAUGGCUACACCAAAAUCGCAGACGACCCCUUCACCUCUGCGAACCUCUAAGCAAGCCAGGAGGAUGAGGACAUGGUGUGGGACGGGAUAGUGUAUCAAAAGUUUAAAUACAGCCUGUUGGAGGGAGAUGAGGAAGGGGAGGCGGUGGAGCUGGAAUAUGAUAAUAUUUAUACUCUCACAUAAAUUACAAAAAACCUGUUUAUUUUCUUUGAUAUAUGCAUAUCAAUACUUUAUUUAUUAUCAUUCUGACAUGCAGAAACCCACUAAUCUUCACCAAUCAACCAUUAAAGAAAUAGU